CCAUCUUCACCUGCUUUAUUAAUGAACUUACCCACUUGUAACUGGAUGUAGGGAUGUUUCUUGAUGACUAAGCAGUGUCUAAGAUCAAUCAUAACUCCAAUCCAAUUUCAACUGGUAAGUGGCAAGCAAUAUUAAGUAAAGACCUUUUGUCACAAGAGAACAUUUAAUCACUUCUGCUUAAGAUUCAGUAGCAAGGUGAGAACAAAUCUCCACUAUUAAAAUCCUGAUUGUUCCCGUUCACUACAAUAGUAAUUUAAACAGAUCUACAUGAUUGUUCUGGCUACAAAAGUAAAUCAGAGGCUGGGUAUUCUGCAGUGUGUGACUCACCUCCUAAAUUUCCAAUGUCUUUCCACCAUCUACAAGGAAAAGCCAGCACUCAGAUAGAAUACAUGCCUAGAUGAAUGCAGCUCCAAAAAUACUCAAGAAAUUUGAGGCCAUGCAGGACAAAACAGUCUGCACUCCAUAGCAUUCCAUCCAUUACCUCAAACAUGUAUUCCACCACUACAUACAAUGGCAAUAUUGUGGAUAUAAAUAUGAAUUUAUAAAAUAUAUAAGUUUAUAUAAUGGCAGUAAAUGCCUGGAACACCACAAACUGUAAAGGUUCCUUGCUCAUAUUGGCAGAAGACAAACUUCAAAAAGUUUUGGGCAAUGGUUUAUAGAGCCUUCCAAGCUUUGUGGACCAGCUUCCUUCACAGCCCAACGAGCUCCGAUGAUGCUUUUUACUGUAUUGGGAUCCUUAAUCCCAUGUCAAGGCUUGAGUUCCACAUUGGUAAUGUUUUUUUUUAAAUCAGUAGGGUAAUAAAUUGUACUCGGUUAACUGAGCAAUAAAUUUUUGAACAAUGUAGUUUGAGCAUAGUUCUUUGGCAGAUUUGAUUAAUUCCAUUAUGAGUUGUUAUAGCUGACACAUUAAUUGGAAGGUAUCUGGUUUUGCCAUCAAUGGACCAGCUAUUAUUGCUGGCACUGUUGCGACUUUCUCAUUAGUAUUUUAUGUUCUUAUCCUGUAUUAGUUUUCUUUAACUAGUUUUCAGGCACACAUUUCAGGCUGGAAUGGACAAUAGAUGCAACACUGUGACACCUGCCACUAUAAGGAUUUGUAUAUGUGCAAGAAGUGCUUCCCCCAUCAUGCUGUGGCACAAGCAAAUACAAUCACCAGAUUGUCACAGCACAGAUGAACAACCUAUGGUCUGUUGUGGAAGGUCCUAUGGGGCAAUAUCCCUCCCUCCGGAUCAGGAGGUCUGAUUUCAGGUCCCACCCCCUCAAAGGUGUGACUAAUGUGUCGAAACAAGUCAAUUUUUAAAAUAUCCAUCAUACCUGCUCUGCCACCACUCCCCAAAAUGAAUAAUUCACCCUAGUGACAUUUCUCCAAAAUCCCUGCACACUCAUCCUUUUCACAUAAUAAUACAAAUCUGUCUUGAGUGCCUCAAUUGUAUCUACCUCCAUCAUACACUCAGACAGUGCAUUCCAGAUCAUAACCACUCCCUGUGUGAAAGAGCUUCUUGUGCCUCCAUUGCUCCUUUCCCAUUGAUCUUAAUUCUCAAUCUUGAUUCUUUCAUGAGUGACAGCAGUUUUUAUCUACUUUGUCCACACCCUUCAUGAUUUUGAAUACCUCUACAGACUCCUCUCCAUCUUCCCUUCUCCAAGGAAAAGAGUCCCAACUUUUCCAAUCUGACUCUGUAACUGAAGUUCUUCAUCCUGGGCCCAGUCUUGUGAAUCUUUUCUGCACCUCUCUGAUGCCUUCACAUCCUUCCUCAAGUGUUGCAUUCAAAACUAGAUUCAAUAUUCCAACUGAGAUCAAACAAGUAUUCUGUACAAUUUAUUCAGAUAAAGAACUGCAGAUGCUGGAGAUCGGAAACAAAAACAGUAAUGCUAGAGAAACUCAGCAGGUCUGGCAAUGGCUGUGAAGAGAGAAAAAUAGUUUCGAGUCCAGUGACCAUUGGAAACGUGAACUUUGCUUUUACUGCACUGAUGCUGUCACAUUCGUUGAGUUUCUCCAGUACUCUUGUUUUUGUUUUAGUUCAAAAUAACUUCCGUGCUUUUGUUUCUGCCCCUAUAAUUAGAGCCUAAGAUUAAAAUUAAAACGGAACACCAGUGAACAACAUAAAACAGAGCGGAGCUGGAGCAACGCAGCAGGUCAGGCAGCUUCAGAGGAGUAGGAAAGUGGUCGUUUCGGAUUGGGACCCUUCUUCAGAACUGUAGAACAGUUCUCCCUACGCUCUCCCCAUUUCUGAAGAAGGGUCCGAAACGUCAACUUUCCUGCUCCUCUGAUGCUGCCGGGCCUGCCGUGUUCCUCCAGCUCCCCGCAUUGUUAUCUUUGAUUCCAGCGUCUGCAGUUCUUGCUAUCUCUGGCUAAUAUUUGUGACUGCUUUGCGUAUGCUCAUUGAGAUUUGAAUGUGAUUAUGCUUAUCUCGAGGGGCACACAAAUCGAAUAUGUAAGUUAUUUCUACACCGCAACACGAGACUGUCACUGGUGAUCUGGAGAACUGAAAGAACACGGAAUAAACUGAAAAGCUAGGAGGGAGGCAGUCUCCCAGAGAAAUGGGGCGGGAUCCAGGUCACUACGCGGUCUCCGGAUUGGGCCUGGACGCUUGCAGCGAUGUUCAGUUCAGCCCAGAGAGCUCGGCAGCGCCGCCUCCCUGCUCGACUUCCACUGGCGGUUGCUUUGGGAACACCGCAAUGUGUGGAGAUUGCAGAUGUCAGGAGCAGCGGCUCUCUCGAAACCUUUAAGCUGAGAAGGUGCUUUCUUUCACCUCCAGCAGGGUAGUUGGGACGAAGAUGUAUCAUCUUUUGGGGCUGCAAGACAGAUGCUUUGAACAGCAAUCCAUUGAUGUGGGGUUUGCAGCUAACAGAUGAUUUCACGCCAUUUGUAUCGAUUGUCCGACAAGAAAUGGCGUUAAACAAGAUUAAGUAUUAAAUUAAAUCAAAACGACUGAACUGUGGCAAGCUGAUUGCUGUUCGUUGUAAACGUUAACAGUUCCGCUUUUCUAGCUUUCCAACAGCAGAAAUUAGGAAAUCUUGACCACUGAAGGAGAUGAAUUGGUUUUCGACACUGGAUUUCUUGGCGCUCUGCUUAACUUUCUUGCAGCACAAGUUCGGCGCUGUUAGAGGAUAUGGGGACGAAGACGAACGGAGAUGUGAUCCAAUAAAAAUCCCAAUGUGCCAGAGACUGGGCUACAAUGUGACCAAAAUGCCGAAUCCAGUGGGUCACGAGUUACAAACAGACGCCGAAUUACAGUUACAAACUUUUACACCUUUGAUUCAAUAUGGCUGUUCCAGUCAACUGCAGUUUUUUUUAUGCUCGGUUUAUGUGCCGAUGUGCACGGAGAAAAUCGACAUUCCGAUCGGCCCGUGCGGCAGCAUGUGCCAGUCUGUGAAGCGGAGAUGUGAACCUGUCCUGAAGGAGUUCGGUUUCUACUGGCCCGAUACAUUAAACUGCAGCAAAUUCCCACCGCGAAACGACCACAACUACAUGUGCAUGGAAGGGCCCGGGGACGAGGAUGUCCCCUAUCACACCAACAAAAUACCCAUCUCAGCAGAAGAGGAGUGUCUGAACAUGGGGGGCAAGUUGGAUAACUAUAUUUGGGUCAAGAGAAGUCUCACGUGUGCCCUGAAAUGUGGUUACGAUGUCGGUUUGUUCAGUAGAUCAGCUAAAGAGUUCACAGAUAUUUGGAUGGCAGUUUGGGCCAGUCUGUGUUUUCUGUCGACAGCAUUUACAGUCCUGACAUUCGUCAUCGAUUCUUCUCGGUUUUCGUACCCAGAGCGACCGAUUAUUUUCUUGAGCAUGUGCUAUAAUAUAUAUAGCAUUGCCUACAUAGUGCGGCUUACGCUAGGCAGGGAACGUAUUUCAUGUGAUUUCGAAGAUGCCGCCGAGCCUGUGUUAAUUCAAGAAGGACUCAAAAAUACGGGAUGUGCCAUUGUGUUUUUGCUUAUGUACUUUUUUGGGAUGGCGAGCUCCAUCUGGUGGGUAAUUCUGACACUGACUUGGUUCUUAGCCGCUGGUCUAAAAUGGGGACAUGAAGCCAUAGAAAUGCAUAGUUCCUAUUUCCACAUUGCAGCAUGGGCUAUCCCGGCGGUGAAGACCAUUGUUAUACUGAUCAUGCGACUAGUAGAUGCUGAUGAACUCACGGGUUUGUGUUACGUUGGAAACCAAAACAUUGAUGCAGUCACUGGGUUUGUGGUUGCACCUUUGUUCACAUAUUUAGUCAUAGGAACUUUAUUCAUUGCAGCUGGCCUAGUGGCAUUGUUCAAGAUCAGAUCUAAUCUUCAGAAAGAUGGAACAAAAACUGACAAGCUAGAAAGACUGAUGGUAAAAAUUGGGGUCUUUUCGGUUCUGUAUACAGUACCUGCCACUUGUGUCAUCGCCUGUUAUUUUUAUGAAAUAUCAAACUGGAACCUUUUUAGGUAUUCAGCGGAUGAUUCCAAUACAGCCGUGGAAAUGCUAAAGAUUUUUAUGUCUUUGUUGGUGGGCAUUACUUCUGGCAUGUGGAUUUGGUCUGCAAAGACAUUACAUACUUGGCAAAAGUGUUCAAACAGACUAGUGAGUUCUGGAAGAACGAAACGAGAUAAACGUGGAGAUGGCUGGGUUAAACCGGCAAAAGGCAGUGAAACUGUUGUAUGAAUCUCUCUGAUGAAGGGUCUAGGCCCGAAACGUCAGCUUUUGUGCUCCUGAGAUGCUGCUUGGCCUGCUGUGUUCAUCCAGCCUCACAUUUUAUGAUCUAUAAAUGUAUAUACAUUGGAAUAAGCACAGAAUAGUGUCGCUUUUUGUUUGUUUACAGAAGUUGAGUUUCAAAGCAUCACAAAGAAAUUUGUUCUAUCCAAUCACUUUUAGAAAGUUCAAAAUAAAUGAGAAUGCCUUUGUGCUGAAGAAGAUCAUUUUAAAUAUUUUUGAAAACCAAUGUACGCUAUUGAAUAAAAAAAUGUUUUGUAAGUCUACAAUCAAAUAGAAUGUGACUGUUAUGAAGAUGAUCACAUUAGCAGAUUGUGGAAUCUAAUAUCUUUGUGCAUUGCAUUUUAGUAGUUCUUGCUGUACCUUUGGAAAAACAGUGUAUGUAAGCCAAAGAAGAGAGAGUAAUACUGUAGUUCUUCCAUGAAACUUUGGAUAAAUAACCGUGAUACUCAAUAAGAAUUACAAUGUGCAAAUAGAUAUAUCUGAGACAAAGUUAGUUUCAUUUUAGUUGAAGAACAACUCAGCCAUCUCAUAUAGACAUUAAAUUUUGUACACUGGAAAUGUAGAGCUAAAAAUGAAUGUGUGGUUGAAGCACAACCAAUAACCAUCAUUACAAUCUAGACAACAUGGUGCACUAUACCUAAUCUUUGGAUAAACUGAAGUAGGCCAUUAUUUACUAAUGUUUCAGCAUCGAAGUGUGUCUGCUGGUUUUAUAUGUUAAUCUGCAUGAACAUUUUAAACAUAACAAGCUGAUCUGUGUGAAGAAAUGUUGGUUAGGUGCUUGAAAUUCUCUGUGCCUUAAAUGCAGGUUGACUGCAAGCUGCUUCAUUCAGGACAAUGCAAAAAUAUAUUGUCUAUGUUUAGCUGUGACAGGCUCCCCAGGGAUCCAUUAUAACUAAUUCUUUGAGCACUGUUAGUUUUACGACUCUAAAAUUAAAUAUCCGCGAAGAGAACCCUGUAGUUUAUGCAAUUGUAUAAUUUUUAAAAAACCAUACAUCUACUUGAGAUGCAUGAUCAAACUAAAAAUAGCAAGUUUCAGAAAUAUGAAGGGGGUAAGCCAGCGUUUAUAAGGAUAAAAGGCAAGUUAGGACACUUAGAACACUUCAGUGGUUUAACCUUAACUUGAAAUGUUAUAAUUUGUCUCUAUUUAUAGUGUGUCUUUUCAACGUUUUCUGUUUUAAUACAAUUGUAUGCAUUUCACUAAAGGGGAAGUGAUCCAAGAGUGGGUAUUUUCUGUUCAAAAUAGUUGUGGAAAAGUAACUCACUCAGAGAUAGUAAGAAAUGCUGAUGCUGGAGUCAGAGAUAACAUAGUGUGGAGCUGGAGGAGCUCACUGGCCCAGAACUUCUUCAGAAAUGGGGGAGGGGG